AUGAGGGUGUCUUGCCCGGGCUCCUUCUCUUCUCUGCUUGCCUUCGCCUCCUUGCUUUGUAGCUGGCCCAGCCAAGCUGUAGCAGCCAAGCAGCUCAAGUUCACCUUGGUACUAUUUCAACAUGGAGACCGGAGUCCCAUUGAAACCUUUCCGAAAAAUCCCUAUCAAGAAUCUGCUUGGCCUCGGGGAUUUGGACAACUUAGUCUGCUUGGGAUGGAGCCGCACUAUGAGCUUGGAACAUAUUUAAGGAAAAGAUAUUCCAAAUUCUUGAAUUCCACUUACAAUCAGAAUGAGGUUUAGGUCCGAAGCACAGACGUUGACUGGACCCUGAUGAGUGCCAUGACCAAUCUUGUUGCCCUCUUUCCACCAGAAGGCCCAAGUAUUUGGAACCCCCAAAUCCUUUGGCAGCCGAUUCCAGUUCAUACAGUGCCAACUUCUGAAGAUCAGUUGCUGUACCUUCCUGAUAUAAAAUGCCCUCGACUUCAAGAGCUUCAGGGAGAAACUUUGAGGUCAAAGGAAUAUCAAAACUUGCUGUCUCCAUACAAGGAUUUUAUAAGUACUUUACCAGCACUUUCAGGACUCGAAAUCAAGGACCUUAAUGGAAUUUGGAAUAAAAUCUAUGAACCUUUAUUUUGUGAGAGAGUUCACAAUUUUACUCUACCCUCCUGGGCCACUGCAGACACAAUGGCAAAGCUGGAGGAGCUGUCCAAAUUAUCUCUCUUGUCAACCUUUGGAAUUUAUAAGCAGAAAGAAAAGGCUCGACUUCAGGGAGGUGUUCUGGUGAAAAAAAUUGUUGAUUAUUUCCAGAAAGCAGCCAAUGAAUUGAAUGCAAAAAAAAUCAUCAUCUACUCAGGGCAUGACACUACUAUUGGGGCCCUGCAGAUGGCACUUGAUGUUUUUAAUGGAAAAUUUCCUCCUUAUGCUGCCUGCCACAUAAUGGAACUAUACCUUAAAAAUGGGCAAUACAACGUUGAAAUGUACUAUCGGAAUGACACACAGCAGAAUCCUUACCCCCUCACCCUACCAGGAUGCAUGGCCAGCUGUCCACUGAAGCAGUUUGUUGAGCUGGUCUCCCCUGUAAUUACAGAAGACUGGUCAAAGGAGUGUUUCAGAAUUAGUGAAGACCAAGGUACUAAGGAAGUUAGUCCCUUCUGAAGAAGCAACAGACAAGAAGGCCUAGGAGUCAUUCACAGCUUUGGGAUCGUGCCUUAGCUAUCUUUCUCAGUGACUAGGGGAAAAUGGAUUUUGGUGAUGUUUCAGGGAACUCCAAUUCUUAUGAAGCUUAGACCUCUCCAUCUACCACUACCUUCACUCACAACAAACUUACCUUCACUUGUACACAAGGGUAACAUUUGUCAGAUAAUGUUUAAAAUGUAAUUGGGGAUAAAACUGGAGAAAACAUUACAAGUUUUCCAAGGUUCAUGGGGCUCAUCUAAGCCAUGUAUAUACUAUAUUGACCUCACCAGUCUUCAUACUUUCUAAGAACACCUUGAAUCCAGAUUAAUAGCACCAGAUCCCUUAAACUACAGUUAGAAGAAUAUGUCUGACUCAAACCGAUUAUCAUUAACUCAUAAGGGUUCUAAGGGGAUGAAUAAUCAGAUGCCAGUGAGGGAAUAGAAUUCUAAUAAAUAGAACUGGACAGGCAAGAGUACAAGCCUCCCACUCCUAAGAGUUCCCAUCUUCCUAACAGAAAAUUCCAAGAUGGUAACUAUAGAGCAGAAGAGCUGGUAAAAGAAGUGAGACACAUAGGGUGCAAUUUUUAUAUCAGGUCAGUGAAUAGGAAUAGCAUAAAGGCAAGGAUGAGGCUGAGAUGCUGAUAAGUAGGUCUAGGAGGAUGAAGUUAAAUCUUCCCUUGGACCAUCCCAUCCUGGGAAGCAGGUUGUAUCUUGUUUUGAAUUUUGUUAUGGGUUUGUCGGUUUUUUUUUUAAUCCUGACUAACAGAAUAGAAAAAAUAAAAAAUUCCUUGAUCCCUCUGGCUUCUGAAGACCUGAAAAAGGUUUGCUGAAAAAGAAAUGAAAAAACAAGCUCUUAUUGAUCUUGAGAAGUGAAAACAACCUGCCAGAGAAUACUGUAUAAUUGAUAGAUACAUAGAUACAUAGAUAGAUGGAUAGAUAGAUACAUGGUUGGAUGGAUACAUAGAUACAUAGAUGAAUACAUAGAUGGAUACAUAGAUAGAUAGAUGGAUAGAUAGAUAGAUAGAUAGAUAGAUAGAUAGAUAGAUA